CAUUCUGCUAAAUGUAAAUAAGAAACAUAACCUCACUUUUUUGGAAGACACGAAGUGCUAAAUUAUGAGUAGUCAAGUUAUUAAAGAUGCUUUUAAUGUGUUAAAGGAAGAAACUAAAGCGCUUUUACACGUCCACCCAGAGGUUCCAGUCAUAUCGGAAAAAGAUGCGUCGAGCCCAAAUUGGCCAUUUCGAUUUUAUAGAGAUUAUGUUAGCAAAAAUUGCCCGGUCUUAAUAGAAGGGGGUUGUGACCAUUUUCCAGCUUUGUCAAAAUGGACACCCCAGUAUUUCAUGGACACUUUUCCUGAUAAAGAAGUCACAGUUGCUGUAACACCCAAUGGCUAUGCUGACGGACUAGCGCCCAAAAUAACUGAAAAAGGAAAGGUACAAUAUUUUGUCUUGCCUGAAGAAGUGCAAAUGACUAUGAAGGAAUUUUUAACGAAACUAGAUGACCAAAAUCGGCAACACAUUUGCUACAUCCAAAAACAAAACUCAAAUUUAACGGAAGACUUUGGGGAACUGAUGGAAGACGUGGACAGUGAAAUACCAUGGGCCUCGGAGGCAUUUAAUAAAAAACCUGAUGCCAUAAACUUUUGGAUGGGAGAUGCACGGGCAAUUACAAGUAUGCACAAAGACCCUUAUGAAAACAUUUACUGCGUAUUAGAUGGGUUCAAAGACUUUAUCUUAAUACCGCCAACUGAUUUACCAUAUGUACCACACAGGACGUACCCCGUAGGGACAUACAAAGAUGUUAUAAGUAAGACCUCGAAUAUUGAAGAUAAACAAACAGAAAAAAUUGAAUGGGUUGCCGUCGAUCCAUUAAAGAAGCAGCAUUAUGAAAAAUACCCCCAAUUUAACAACGCUACGCAAUAUAAAAUCAGAGUGAACAGUGGAGACGCUCUUUAUAUACCAAGCCUCUGGUUCCACCACGUCAGACAGAGCCAUAAAUGCAUAGCCGUCAACUAUUGGUACGACAUGGAGUACGACAUCAAGUACUGCUACUACCGAAUGCUGAAACGCUUAACUCAACCAUGAGCAUAAACAUUUAAAAAAUAUUUAUUUUUAUAAAUAAACAUUCAUCUAUGCAACAUAUAAAA